AUGGGCAUUGUCUUUUCUGAGGUGGCAGCAUGGUUAUACUUGGCUGUCACUGUAGCGCUGGGGGGAACAGUUCUUUGCAAACUCGAGAAGAGCCCCAGGCAGGUGGGGAGAGGACCCAGCUACCUGGUGGGCCUCUGGGGAGCUGCUUGCCUGCUCAGUUUGCCCUUUUACUACGGAGUGACUCUCUUCUUCCUGUCCUGUUCUCUCCUGUAUUCUUACCUAGCUGGUCAAGAGCUGCUACCUGUGCAUCACAAGGCAGUCCUGAUCACAGGCUGUGACACCGGGAUUGGCCAUGUUUUGUCCAAGUAUCUGGAUGAGCUGGGCUUCACAGUAUUUGCGGGAGUGUUGAAUGAAAAAGGACCAGGAGCAGAGGAACUUCGGAGAAGCUGCUCUUCAAGGCUCUGUGUGAUACAGCUGGAUGUCACCAACUCAACCCAGAUACGAGAGGCAUACAGCAAGGUGUUGGAGAAGGUGCAGGACAGAGGACUGUGGGCUGUGAUCAACAAUGCUGGCAUCCUUGGCUUCCCUGCUGACGGGGAGCUUAUUCCCAUGAGCGACUACAGGCAGUGCAUGGCUGUGAAUUUCUUGGGAGCUGUGGAAGUCACUAAGACCUUACUGCCUUUUCUUCGGAGAUCCAAGGGGAGGCUGGUGAAUGUCUGCAGCAUGGCAGCUGGGGUCCCAUUGCAGAAACUGGCAGCCUACAGCUCAUCUAAGGCAGCUCUGAUGAUGUUCUCAGGCGUUCUGAGACAAGAACUUUCCAAAUGGGGAGUCAAAGUAAUCAUCAUCCAACCCGGAGCCUUCAAAACAAAUAUUGCAGGCACAAAUGAGAUGUGGAAUAAGUUGGAAAAGAACCUUUUGGAUGCCCUAGACCCUGAGGUGCAGAAGGACUAUGGGCGGGACUAUGUCCUUGCCCUACGGAAUUUUGUCCGCUCAUUGCCUCUGAUGUGCAGCUCAGACUUCUCCCCUCUGCUCCUGGAUAUUUCUCAUGCGGUGUCUGCGAAGAGCCCCUUUGCUGUGUACACACCGGGGAAAGGGUGUUACCUGUGGAUCUGCCUUGCCUCCUUCCUCCCUGCUUCGGUGUUCGAUUUUCUCAAGAAAAUAGAGUUAGGGUUCUUUAAAAAGAUGAAGAAUGGUAAGCACACUGCCCUGCAAAAAUAA